CUUUUAUAUCGCGAGGCGGAUCGCACGAGACACGCACUGAACGCCAUCAUAUUUGACGACCAGGUGUUCAGUAACGGUUCCAGUGAUGCUGACCUGACCAAAUCCACAGUGCAUGUUGUAUAGAAGAAGGGUAAUCUGAUCCGGAGGUUGGCACGAUCAAUUCAGGCCGUCAUUCAAGUAAUUUGAUUGGCCACCUGUUUAUGAUGGCGCGUCCUACAGGAGGAGACUUCAGGACUGAUAUUCACCGCCGAUAAUUAAGUCGGCAUGCCGGGAUGGCAACAGAUACCAGUCGAUUGACAAUGUUGGAACUUAAAUACGAGCUAUUCUGGCGUAAUGGACUGUUGAAGGAAUGAGAUAAUGCUGGGAAUGGGACAUGGGACCACUGGAUCCUCAUCGAAAUCUGAUAUAGGGCCUAUUGAAGCAUCGUGCCGGGUCAUUUUGGAUGUUCUCUUCAUGUUCAUGCAUCAUCCUCGCGACAUUAGUCUCCAUGCUUUCAUCAGAGGAUAGAGAUUCAGGCGCAUCAACCAUGAAUCAAAAUGGGGACAUAAACCGUGCAGAACCGAAAGACAAAUACAGCCUGGCGUUCUGCGCAAGUAUAAUGUGCGGGGUGUCAUUUUUAAUACCAUGGACCAGUAUAACAAUGGCUGUUGAUUUCUUCCAAAUGACCUAUCCAGGAACGAGCAUCAUGUUUGCUAUAAGUAUCUUGUAUGUGGCUGUAAUCUGGUUAGGGACGACUCUUUCCAACAUGACAGUCGAACUACUCAACCCGAGAGUCAAGAUUUUGUUUGGAUUUGUGUUAACUAUAGCUUGCCUGGCCUACCUCGCCAUCGUGGAGGCUUGGAUUCGACCCUUCUCGUUGGAAGUUUCAUAUCACUUGGUGCUGCUAUGUUGUCUGUUGCUGUCCUUUGGAGCAGCGAUAAUCCAAUGUAAUAUGUAUGGUAUAUUCAGCAUGUUACCGAUGAGAUAUACCAUGGGCUUCAUGUUUGGAGAAAGCUUGGCUGGAAUUAUCUCAGUAGCUACGAGAAUAUUUACAAAGGCGGUAAUCGAAAAUGUCAAAACCAGCACUGUCAUUUUCUUCAGCAGUACCCUUUUCGUUUCCGUAUUAUGCCUGCUUGCGUUCGAAUUUGCAAUGAAGUCAUCCUUUGUCACUUUUCAUAUCGAAAAGUGUCGAGUUACAGCAGAAAAGGGAGAAUGCACGGAACUACUGAAGGUUGACGAACUUGACCUGGAGACGAAUACAUCAAGUGAAUAUGGAUCCACAGCGCAGAUCACAGUUCAAAAUGGUGACUUCAUGAGUAGAGCUGCCCCACCAACGAAGGAACCGCUGAUGAUUAGAAUAAAAAAAGCCCUGGACAAUCGUGUGCGCAUUGUGAGGAUUAUCUGGCCGUAUAUACUGACGUUCUGGCUCAACUUUGUAAUAACCGCGGGCGCCUUCCCCGGCCUCUCAUCAGAGGUCAUCAGCUGCAAAUUAGGGAGUUGGAUGCCCGUGAUUAUGCUGUCUCUCUUUAAUGUUUUUGAUAUUAUAGGCAAGGUUAUCACAAAAUGGCAAUACGACUGGCCAGGUUUUGCCCUUGUUCUGUGUGGGAGUGCCAGGUUCGUCCUGAUUCCUCUGUUUAUCCUGUGUGCCGCACCCAGACUCCACCCAGUGAUAGACGGAGUUGCUCUACCCUUCAUCCUCUCCAGUGUUAACGGAAUAACUAACGGAUACUUUGCGUGUGUUCUCAUCCUCCUCGCUCCAACCAAAGUCUCCGCCGAACAGAGAGAACUUGUAGGGAACACGAUGGUAUUUGCGCUGACGACGGGCCUUUCAGUAGGCAGCGCAACAGCCUACGGAUACGAGGCCAUUCUCGGACCACGGACUCCGCUCAACAAUCCAUGCCUUCGGCACGUCAAUUCGACCUGACCCUGGGUUGAUGAGGACGAAGACCAAAUCAUUUCUUCGUAUUCCAUGGCCAGGCAUUAACACCUUAGACCAUGUAACACGAGCACAACAACCAGCUCUAGCACCCCGAUGCAUCUGAAAUGAUGCAGUGGUUCUCCUGAUUGGCAUAUUUGGAAACUUGGAAUCAUUCGUCAUCUUUUUCCGGACAACGAAAUUUACCGCUUGUUUCUAUUUGUCGAUUGGACCAACGGCAGCUAGUAUCCUGUACCAGUUUGAUGUAGCCUUGUGCGUUUUUGCACCAUGCACUUUGAUAUUCCUUGCCAACAUUGUCAUCGUUUCAACAUUGCUAAAAUCUCGAUACCAGGAUAUAGGUCGGGCUAGGAAGGAAGAGUGAGGGUAUAGGGUACUCGUAUCGCUGAUGCUGGUAUCGGCAGUCUAUGUUAUCCUUUUACUGCCCCAUUACACGGUAGCCGCAUUCUUGUUUAAUAACGACUCGGACAAUAUGACCAUCCUUCUUAACAACAUUUCAAGGUUUUUGCUACAAUUUGGCAUGUUAAACUACUGCAUCAAUUUUAUCCUCUAUAUGGUUGUUCCUUGCCUUUCUAUCGCGAAGAAGCAAAGUUUAUUGACUAAAAAUACUCUUCAUUCUGAAGGUGCGGAAGCAUGUUAAGGAGUCAAUGCCACAAAUCUUGAAGAGAAGUGUAGGGACUCGUAGAUUUGUUCUUAUAAAUUUUGUAGCCCAUUGUACAUUCAAACUUAUA